AAAUGUGGAAAACGUAAUUUCUGCCCAAUGCGCGCGCUCCGAUGUGACAUAACGGAACGUGCCAGGGUAGAAAAGCUCGCGGCGGUGCGCGGGCGUGCAUCCAGACGCAGCUCGGGCGCGGGAGCGGGAGCGUGUCCCCCAGCAGCCUGAACCACGGAGCAGACGUUUCUCUGUCCUCGGCUGUGUGGCGGUAUGGGCAGGACGCCGCAGUGAGCGCCUCUCGCACCUCUGACUCGCGGAAAAUAAUGAUGAAGAAGGACAUCGGUUUGAGCCUGGCGGACGACGCGGACCUGAAGCCGCACCUCCGCGACGCGGAGAGCAUCCUCAGCUCCCCGGACCUGGGGCUCCUCAAGCUGGCCUCCCCGGAGCUGGAGCGGCUCAUCAUCCAGUCCAACGGGAUGGUCACCACCACGCCAACCAGCUCCCAGUUCCUCUACCCGAAGACGGUGACGGACGAGCAGGAGUUCGCGGAGGGCUUCGUGAAGGCGCUGGAGGACCUGCACAAGCAGAACCAGCUGAGCGGAGCCGGGCAGACCGGCGGCAGCCUGGACCUGGGGGCCAACAUCGCCCCGGUCACCGUGCAGCCGGACCUGCCGGUCUACACCAACCUGAACAGUUACGGCAGCGGGCCGCUGGGGACCACCGUCAACUACUCCACGGACACGGUCCCCUUCCCGCCGCCCCCUCCUCCACCUCCUCCGCCUCCACCUCCUCCGUCACAUCAUCUGGGGGCAGCCCCGCCGCAGUCGGAGCUCUCUCGGGUCCAGCCGCUGAAGGAGGAACCCCAGACGGUCCCAGACGUGCAGAGCUUCGGGGACAGUCCGCCGCUGUCCCCCAUUGACAUGGACUCGCAGGAGCGCAUCAAAGCCGAGAGGAAGCGGCUCCGGAACCGGAUCGCAGCCUCCAAGUGUCGGAGGCGCAAACUGGAGCGGAUCUCCAGGCUGGAGGACAAGGUCAAGACGCUGAAGACCCAGAACACCGACCUGGCCUCGACGGCCAGCCUGCUGAGGGAUCAGGUGGCCCAGCUGAAGCAGAAGGUCCUCACCCACGUGAACAGCGGCUGUCAGCUGAUGCCACACGAGGUUCAGGUGCACUAGUGGAGGGACGGAGCUGCGAGGAGGGGGGCGGACUGACCUGCAUGCAAGCCGGACCAACUUUCUUCAUGCUGGGUUUCUCUGUGCAUCGUAGCCCGGGUGUGUGCCCCUCCAAGUACCGCCAGAUCACCAACAGGCGUCAAGAACCUGCCGUGCAAAACCUGGGAGGACGAGAUGUGUCGAAUUGGAUCUUCACUGGACAAUAAUGUGUUCCUGAAACAAUUUCCUGACUCUGCCAGGAAGAGCAAAUAAGCUGCGUUUGGGAAGUGUUUACAUAAAUAAUUAGUUUUAUUUUGUCUGGGCCAUAAGAAGGGCAUUUGCCUUUUAUCAUAUUUGACAUGCUCUGCCUCUUACCAGUGAGCAAGGCAGCAGCACACUGGCAUUAUCUUAAUGACAUCUGGUCAUGGACGUUACUGAUGGAUGAGAGGCACUUUUUAAGGAGCUAUAUGCUAAACUUGGACGGCUGGCACACAAAACAAAUAAUCUCCUGUAAAAAUGUUUACAGACUGUGCAUUUACAGCCAACUGGACCAAACAGAACACAGUGUUUCUACAGUAUAUGAAUUGGCUGUGACAAAAGAUGCACAUACGCCCCUGUCUGAUUUGUAUGAGAUCAUCUAUAGCCUAUUUACAGUGAACAUCUGUAGGAAAACGUCUGCAUGUUGACAAACUCGAAUGUUGCCCACAACCGGGUGUCACAGGGAGCAAAUAAGCAGUGUUUAUAUCAUCUUCAACGUUCACACGGUAUUUUAUUUUUUGUACUUCAACUGUGUUCCUAUUUCAUUGUGUUAUUGUUUCGGUUGUAACCUUUUCUGUUGCAGACUGUUGCUAUCACCUUUGGCCUACAGUUAUUUGGCUUCAUGCCAUUGUGUUCUGAAAUAAAGCUGCUCAGCAAUAAACAGCAUUUUCUC